AUGGCGCCUUGCUCUGCUGAAGAUCGGUGGCGAGAUCUUCUCCCGUUGCCGCUUCUUGAGCCCGACAAGCACGAACAUAGUCGGAAUGAGUUUUUGAAGGAGUCUGCUUGUGUGAGGAGGCACAGGGCGAGGCGAAAGGACAACCUUGACAAGACCAACGAGGUGAUCCAUGCCUUGAACGCUAUGGCGGGGUUCGACGUGCCCUGCACUUUGAAGCCCACUCCAAACCAGGCGCAUUCGCAAUCGAGUUUACUUCGUAGAGUUGCUCACCUACCCCGUUCCCAGGAGAGAGUGUUCCAGCGUGAGGCCAUUCGUGAGCUUCUGCUUGAUUGUCCGUCUUCUCCCUAUGUGUCGGAUGGAGGCGGGACCGGAAGUGUGAGAGCUUAUCAGAGAGACCUUGUGUCAUUGCCGGAGUCGGGGGCCGAACCUCUUGAGGCCACGGCUUUGAUAGAUGAUCAAGGGCGAGAAAUUUUGGAGAGAUUUGAGAGCACCAUGUUUGUCGGGGAGGACGUGAGCCAUGGUUCCCCCAUCAAGCCAUACAUGGACGACACCCUUAGAUCCUCACCGAAGGCCUAUGCCCAGUUCAUCUCCGACAUCUUCGAGCGGGGGAUGAUUGAUUUUGACAGGACCGCCACUAGCAUCAUCACACCAUUCUUUGUGAGCAAGAAGAGUGGCAAACUGAGGUUAGUGCUUGACUGCAGGGCUAGCAAUCAACAGUUCGAUCGCCCACCUGAUAUCGCGCUCGCAGCAGGGUAUACGUUUGCACAACUUGAACUACCUGAAGGGGAAUCCCUUUUUGUUGCACAAAGCGAUGUCCGCGACUAUUUUUAUUCCAUUGGCUUGCCGCAAGGACUUCGACGAUACUUCGCCUUGCCGCCGAUCCCAGCAUCUGCGCUGCCGGCAGGUGUGGGCGUCAUUGCGGAGAGUGAGGGAGAGUUGUGGUACCCUAGGAUGAAGGUCGUCCCGAUGGGAUGGAGUUGGGCCAUGUGGAUUGCACAGAGAAUACACCAGCAUCAAGCUUCAGUGGCAUUGGCAUGCAGCCCCGAUCAGGUCCUGGUCGACGGGAGGCCUCCGCCUUCUCUGGAGGCCGGGUCUCCUCUGCUCAUUCCCUAUGCCGAUAACCUCAAUGUCUGUGGCACAAACCAAGCUGCAGUCCAGAGUGCAAAGGACAAGGUGGUUGAGCAGUUGCGUAGCGUUGGAUUCCGGGUGCAUGAAGAAGAAGACGCGUCGUUGCGUGUCCAGGCGCUUGGCUUUGUCAUCGAUGGUGAAAAGGGUGAGGUGCAUCCUAUCGCAGCUAGGCGUGACAAGGUCCGGCUUGGGUUACUUUGGUUAUCCAAGCGCCCUAAAGUUACCGGCAGAGCCAUCGAGCGUAUCGUUGGGCACUGUGUUCACUUAUUCAUGUUGCGCCGGGACCUUCUCUCCAUCUUCCGCUCAGUGUAUGACUUCAAGAUCGCCAAUUAUCAUAAACCGUGUCGUUUAUGGCGCACUGCAGCGGAAGAGUGUAGGAUUGCAGCUGCUCUCAUCUUGACGUGCUAUGCUGAUCUACGUAAGCCUUGGUGUCCUACCAUUACGGCUAGCGAUGCUUCUCUCAGUGGCACUGCCGUAGCUGCUCUGACCGUCGAGUCAGGCCAGGUUCAAACGAUCGGCGUAUGCAGAGAAAUGUGGCGUUUCAAGUCAAAAGAUCCAUUGGCCAAGGCCAGGGAUGCGGCUCUGUGUUUGGACCCAUUUGUGCACCAUGAGACUGUCAUGUCACUUGACCCAGCAGAGAGAGAUCCAUUUCAACUCAACCUUGACUUCCAGCAUGUGCCUGUGCAGAUCGCGUGCCAUCCUGAGUGGAAAUUGCAAUUUGCUUGCCGCAUGCACAAGCCAGAACACAUCACGCUUCUUGAGGGGCGGGGGACUGUGCAAGCGGUUCGACACAAGAUGAGGGUUGAGGGCAACUAUGGCAUGAAACAUUUGCACCUUGGUGACAAUUUGGGCAUGGUUCUUGCUUUUGACAGGGGUAGGGCUAAAGCUGUGCCACUGUUAAUUUGUUGUCGGCGUGCAACGGCCUUUGCGAUUGCGGGCGACUGCGUCUUCACUCACAGAUGGAUCCCCUCUGAACACAACGCGGCUGAUGCCGGCUCGCGCCAGUGGGAACAGGAGAAGCCGUCCGAAACCGCGGCCAAAAGCCGCUCGAAAGAGGCCGUCACAAGCCUCUGCUACCCCAAGUCCAAAAGCUGCUUCAGCAAAGAGCAGGGCCGGGAGCUCUUAUGGGGGGUGCUUGCGGGAGCUCCCACCAAGCGCAGUCUGCGCAAAGCGCUCCAAGGGCCGGACGAAGCCACCCGGGCUUCCAAACGCCAGGCAGUGGUGGCAGCGGGCAAGCCGCGCAACCGGAACGAGGGGCACACCUUCCUAGAGACCGCGGCGGUGGCGCCGAGGACCAGCGAGGAGUACCUCCACAAGUGGAACCUGUUCGAGUCCUUUUGCAAAACCCAGAAGUUGAAGCUGCGAAAAGAGGACGAGGUGGACUACGCCUUGAACCUGUUUCUGAACCAAGCUUUCUUGGAAGGAUGGGACAUCAGCGAGGGUGUCAAAUGCAUGGCUGCAGUCACCGACCGCUGGCCCGCCUUGUCAGGUCGAGGACAGCUCCCGCGAACAAGAAGGUCCAUGCAAGGAUGGCGGAACCUCGACCCAGGUGUCACACGGCCGCCUCUGGCGUGGCCACUGGUCGCCCUGAUCGCCCUGACUGUCCUUCAGGCGGACCAGUUUGUAGCGUGCAUGGCCAUCCUCUUCAUGUUCGCCACUUACGUGCGGCCGGGAGAGGUCUUCGAGAUCCGGCGCCAGGAUCUGGUGAAAAGCAGGUCGCUCGGGCAGGUUUGGUCUGUCAAUCUCCACCCGUCGGACGACCUCCAGGAGUCGAAGGUGGAGGUAAGCAACGAGACCAUCCUGCUGGACAACAAGGAAAUCCCGUGGCUCGGAGCAGCGCUCGAGUGCAUGACAGCCAUAUCAGGAGCAGCGUUGUUUCCCACGAACUACACGGAGCUGCUCGACACAUGGCAUCGUGCUCUCAAACAACUAGGACUGGGGUUCAAGUUUGCAGUGCCUCACCAGUUGAGACACUCUGGGGCGAGUUGGGACCGCUUCAAGAACUACCGCAGUUUGUUGGAGGUCAAACAUCGAGGGCGUUGGGCGGCCGACAGCAGCUUAAAGCGGUACGAACAACAUGCAAUGGUAGCUCAGCAGUUCGAGAAGUUGGCCCCGGCGCUCAAACGACGAGCGCAAGCUGCCCCAGCUACACUGCAAGCAAUGGUCCUCGCCAAAUGUGGCCUCAAACGUCUGGGCAUCCCAUGUGAGGCAUGGGACAUUGACUAUGGUGAAGCAUGCAACGUACUCACGCCUAAGGUUGCAGCUGUGCUGUUGCAUCGCAUCGCCAAGGGGGAGUUCUCAGCGGUUCAUCUUGGCAUGCCGUGCAUUACGUGGAGCCGCGCUCGUCGCGAUGAUGGUCGUGGCCCACGCGCGCUUCGAGAUGAUCAUGCCGGCCUAUUUGGUCUGCCGUCUUUGAUGCCAUGGGAGCGAAGGAAGGUUCAAGAGGGCAACCAACUCCUGGAGUUCAGUCUUCAGGUCAUAGCGUGUUGUCAAAAGCUCGGCCUGCCAUGGUCGCUUGAGAACCCGCUUACCAGUCGUGUUUGGCUGGUCCCAGCUAUGCAGCGGUUGCAGACGCAAGGGGCAACCUUUGUCAACACGUGCUACUGCAUGUAUGGCAUGCCGUGGCGCAAGGCCACUGCUUUUCUGUGUGGCAACUUCAAUCUCUCGCUCAGAACUUGCGGGUGCAGCUUCCGUUGCUGUGAGCGAUCUGGCAAAGCACAUGUGCAUUUAGUUGGACGAGACAACAGGGGGCGCUGGCUUACCAGACUGGCACAGCCUUACCCCCACGAGCUCUGCAGUCACUACGCACUUCAGCUGCUACUUCGCCUUAAGCAUACUCCGAGGUCGGAUAUGGACCAAGAACAUUGA